AUGGAGGCGUUGGACCCCAACAUCAAGGCCUUGCUCACUUUGCCAUCCGAGCAGCUUUUUCUCAAAUAUGCGGGGGGUCCGGAGAGCGAGAAGAGCAUGGUGGAAGAGGACCUCCAGAAGCUGUUCGAGGAUUGCUGCGUCGACGUCGCAAACAUCGAGGAGGAGUUCGCCUACGCGGACCUCAAAGGCGACGCGCUGCUCACGCUGGACGAGUUUGGGAUCUACCACCACAGCGUGCUGAAGAAGCAGGCCGGGCUCCAGGGCGCCCUCGAGCAGGUUUUCCAGGCCUACAACCUCUGGGGCGGCAAGAUCCCGGACAGUAUGGACGCGAGGGGGUUCGCCCACGUCUGCAAGGACUCGAAGCUCGUGGGCUCGGGUCUGCGCCUGGGCGACAUCGACAUCAUCCACUCCAAGGUCCGCGAGAAGGGCGAGCGGCGCAUCUCGUUCGAGCAGUUCGUGUACGCGCUGGGGCUCGUCGCGGAGGCCCGCAAGGAGCCGAUCGACACCGUCGUGGCGCGCGUGGCGCGCGCUGGUGGCCCGCAGGCCCACGGCACGACGGAGGCCGACACCGUCAGGCUCCACGACGACAAGUCGACCUACACCGGGGUGUACGCGCGGGGCGGGCCGAACAACUUCGACGGCCCGGCCACGGGCGACCUCAGCCACAUCACCAACCGAAAGGCGGCGGACGUGCGCGGCGUGACCGACGAGGCGCGCGAGCGCACGACCGCGGGCGCGAAGGGCCCCGCGCGGCCCACCCGCGGGGCCUCGAAGAGCAAGCAGCUGCUGGACCAGAUCAAGUCGGCGACGGCGGACGCGGGCGGGAUCCAGAUGGCCGUGAACGAGCUGUCGCGGAAGCUCGCGGACACGCCGGCGAGCACGAAGGUGUCGAAGCGGAAGCAGAUGUCGGAGGAGAGCAAGGGCUGGAUCCACGUUGCGCUCGAGCAGACGGGCGACAUGGACCGCGACCUGCGCGCGGUGUUCGAGGCGUACAACAUCUUCGACGGCGGGGACCAGGCGCACAUGUCCGGGCGCGCGUGGGUGAAGAUCUGGCGGGACCGCGAGCUCGUCCCGAAGCCGCUCUCGACCACGUACCUCGACUUGGUCUUUGCCAAGGUAAAGGGGGGCCCUGCGGCGCGCCGGCUGCAGUUCGACCAGUUCAAGACGGCGCUGGACCACGUCGCGAACGACCACUACGGCGGGAACAUGCCCGAGGUCGCCGUGCUCGUCGUGGAGGGCGGCGGGCCGACCGCACAGGGCACAAUUCCUGUCGACUCCGAGCCUGCGCCGGCGCCGGCGCGCGCGGCGAGCAGCCUGUUCCCGCAGGCGUCGGACGCGUCGGCGCUGUCGCGGGCGACGAGCCAGGGGCUGGCGAGCGGCCGUGGCGCGGGCCUGGGGCGCGCCGCAAGCAACGUGUCCAACCUGAGCGGGGGCGCGCCGAGCCCCUCGGUGCGCCUGGGCAAGGGCGUGAUCGACCGGCAGAUCAGCAACAUGAUCGCCGCGAGCGACGUCGUGCCGCCCAACCCCAGCGACUGGUCCCCGGACAUGACAGCGGUGUAUGACAUAUACGAGCAGUACAACGCGUUCGGCGGGAACACGGACGUCACGCGGAUGGACGGCCGGACCUUCGCCAAGUUCUGCCGCGAGAAGGGCCUCCUGCCCAAGCCGCUCCUGCCCAACGACUGCGACCUGGUGUUCGCGUCCGUCAAGGCGCCAGUCGCAAAGAAGCUGAGCUUCGGGGAGUUCUGCGUGGCGCUGCAGAAGCUGUCCGAGCGCAGCAACGGCGCGCUGCCGGACCUGGACAUGAUCCUCGCGGCCGUGGCCAAGCUCGGCGGCCCGCAGACCAUCAGCACCACGCCGGACAACGUGCGCUUCCACGACGACAAGUCGACCUUCACGGGCGUGUACCGGCGCGGGGGGCCCAGCAUGGACGACCGCGCGAAGGUCGGGAACACGUCCUUCCUCGUGGACCGCGACAACAAGGCCGACGUCCGCGGCGUGCCGAAGACCUAG